GAGUGACUGUGUGUGUGUGGCCGCACGCAUCUCGGCCGCCUUUGUCUCUCCCUGCUCGGUUCUUGUCCUCGUAAGCGGCGGCUACAUCUGUCUCUCACUCUGUCAAUCUCGCUGGCUGGCUGAGCUGAGCUGUCUCCGUCUGAGCUCCGUCGAGGGGUCUAAUCAGUGGGCUGUGAGUCUCCUCUGCGUGUGAGUCUCUGCGUGCGCGCGCGUGUGUGUGCGCGCAACGAUGCGAGGUGCGACUCAGCCUGACGCAUGACACGUGCGCUCCGAGUUGGUGGACGCGAGUUUGCCGUGCCUGCCGGAGCCCUUUGGGUGAGUGUCUGCCUCCGAGCGUGCCCUUCUGUGUGCACGCGCGCGUACGUGUGCGUUCGACUGUCUUAGCGCGUGCGUUGUGUGUGCAUGUGCGUACGCGUAAGUGUGUGUGUGAGCCCUUCUGAGUGUGCGUGCGUGAGUGAGUGCCCCAUCCGUGUGGCUCUGUAAAUACAUUUCUGUGUGUCUGUCUGCGUGUGCGUACAGCGAUUUGUCUGCGUGUUCGUGUGUCUGUCAUAAUCGGGUUUGCGGAUUAACUUCCGUGUGUGUGGGUGCUAAAAUUGUUUAAAUCCUACUCCCAAAGCCCAAUUCUCCUUACUCUCUCUUUACGCAUCCCCUCUCUCUCUAUCAAUACGUACAUCCCGUCUCUCCCUUCGCUCCCUCCUCAGCUCUCUCUCCGUCUCUCCGUCUCACGAUUCUUGCUCCGUCUCGCCUGGGCGCGCGUCUCCGUUGCAAUUACGAUACCGCUCGCGUGCAUAUUCUGUACAUAUAUAAUGUAUAAUUAAAUAUACAUUUAGGAUUGUUUCAAUAUAUGCACACACGUGUGUGUGUGUGUUUUAGACAAACCCAGGUUAUAAUUACAGCAACGGAUAUAUACCUUUCGUAGUAUUAUUCAUUGGUAGUAUUACUUGUUUAACCAAUAAUCGUGAGCGGAGAUAAGUCCGCCGAUUAGUUAAGAUUAGAUAGGCUGAGAUAUUAUUCUAGAGAGAGAGAGACACACACACAAGACCUCACCACGGAUUCGCAACGGCUUGUGGAGGGAGGUGAGGAAGACAUAUUAGUCGGAAGAUUCGAAGACACGGACAGCAUCAGGCUUGGAGGAGUGAAUUCCACGUCCGUCAAAUUCAAAGCUUCCCACAAGUCCGCCUGCUCGUCAGCAGCCGCAGGUCCUCGUUCUCCUCUACCACCACCAAGAUCAUCAUCAUCAUCAUCAUCACUACCGCCGCCUUGUCACCAGUUGCCCGUAUUGGAGGACGACGUAUCUGGCUACAAGAGAGAUGCGUUCGCCCGGGUUCGACGUCCCGCUUCUCGGGGGAGCUGUCAUUCUCCUCGUCGUCGUCGCCCUAGCCCCUCUCCAGCCAGCGACCGCAGCCUGGCAGGCGAUCCAGCCAGGUCAAGGCCAGGCUCAGGGUCAAGGGCAUGACUUGGGGCUGGCUCGGAGGAGCAAGCGGAGCUGGGUGUGGAAUCAGUUCUUCGUGGUGGAAGAAUUUAAAAUGCCCGAGCCUUUCAAGAUCGGCAAGCUCCACUCUGACCAGGACCCUGGCGACGGAUCAGUUCUCUACCUGCUCACGGGGGAGGGAGCAGAGUCCCUCUUCACAAUCGACGAGCACACGGGCGACAUCCGAGUGUCCCAGGCUCUGGACCGAGAACAACAGUCGCUCUACACCUUGCUUGCGCAGGUGGUGGACGCGGUGACCAGACAGCCCCUGGAGCCGCCCACGCAGUUCGUGGUCAAAGUUCAGGACAUCAACGACAACGAGCCGCGCUUCCCCGACGAGCCGUACCACGCCAGCGUGCCUGAGAUGUCUCCCAUCGGAACGUCCGUCACUCGAGUCACGGCUACGGACGCGGACGACUCUUCGUAUGGGAACAGUGCGAGGGUCGUCUAUCGGCUGCUAGAAGGACAGCCAUACUUCUCCAUCGACGCCAACACCGGAGAGAUCCGCACGGCACACUCCAACUUGGACCGGGAGGCGCGCAGCUUGUUCCGCGUGGUGAUCGAGGGCAAGGACAUGGCGGGCCAGAAGGGUGGCCUCACGGGGACCGCCACCGUCACCAUCACCCUGGAGGACGUCAACGACAACGCGCCUCUCUUCCCACAGGGCACAUACCGUGCGUCGGUGAGCGAAGCGGCGGUGCCGGGCAUGACGGUGGGGCGAGUGCGGGCACAGGACGCAGACGAGGGCGACAACGCGAGGGUGGACUACCGCAUCGUGGCCGGGGACAGGGCCGGGGCCUUCUCCAUCGCCACCGACCCCUCCACGCAGGACGGGGUCGUGACCCUCGCUCAGCCGCUCGACUACGAGCGCAAGCACGCCUACACGCUCACCGUGGAGGCGUGGAACCCGGUGGCGGGGGGCAGCAGCUCCACGGCGAUGGUGCCUUUGGCUGGCUCCACGCGCCUCCUCGUGAGCGUGGAGGACGCGGACGAGGGGCCCGUCUUUCUCCCCGCCUACGAGUUCGAGGUGGCCGAGAGCCAGGGGCCACGGCACCCCCUCGGCACGGUCACGGCCCUGGAUCCCGACGCAGCGGCCAGACCCGUGCGGUAA